AUGCUCGCCGGGUACAUCCAGCCCUCGGACGCCCCGCCCCCGGGGCCCAAGCUGCACGUCCGGAACCGGCUGCCGGAGACCGCGGAGGUGUUCUGGGUGCACCCGACGACCGGGGAGGAGGUCCGGCUGAUCGAGCUGAAGGCCGGCGAGUCGGAGAACUUGGACACGCACCCGGGGCACCGGUUCGUCGCCCGCCUCGCGGCCAGCCCCGAUCCUGCCGCGCUGCCCGUGGGCUCGUACACGGCGACGGCCUCCGCCUCGCAGGCCUUCCAUCAUCGCGGGCACCCGCGGGAAGGAUGA